UUCGUCAGCAAUGCUCUAAAAACUACUUCUUAGCACCUGGACAUCCUCUUUCUUUUUCUCAUGGCUAGGACUAUGAUCUCUUGGUAGCCCGCUUCUGGUCUAUUGUCUUGAUGUGAUCGUCCGACUUGCCGUGGGCAUCGUUCGGGUUUCCAAUGAAACUGCAAUCUCUCUCGUGGAAAUGGGCUCUGUACGAUUUGCAGUGAUUACGAAGCUGUUUUUCCUGACAAAGCUUGUUGGACUCUGACACCACCACUGGUUUCCCUGGGAGCGGAAGAUCAGUCUGUCGUCUAAGGAGGCGCGCGGGUCUUUGACAAAGCUACAACCCCUUAGUAAGAGGAUCUGUCCACGAUCACUAGCUAUUCAUGUAACUGGCAUGUUCACGUCGUCAGCGUAUAAAUGGGAACGCCAGCGGACGCUCAUUAGCUUUCCAGGACCCACGGAUAUCCCUUCGCUCUCCACAUCCUCAGAUCGUCUCUCUCAACAUCAUGUCUCACGGCAAGCAGUUCACCCUCUAUACCCACGCGGCUGGUCCCAACGGCUGGAAGGUUGCAUAUCUCCUAGUUGAGCUCGGCCUCACCUAUGAGCCGGUCUUCUUUGACUUCGCUAAGAAGGACCAGAAGAGCCCCGAGUACCUCAAGCUAAACCCGAACGGUCGCAUUCCCGCAAUCAUCGAUCACGGGAACAAUGACUUCGUGCUCUGGGAGUCGAAUGCUAUUCUCCUCUACAUUGUUGAGAAGUACGACAAGGAACAUAAGUUCUCGGCCGUGACGGACGCCGAUAAGGCGUACCAGAACCAGUGGCUCUCCUUUCAGGCAUCGGGACAGGGCCCGUACUUUGGCCAGUUCACCUGGUUCCACUUUUAUCAUCCGGAGAAGGUGUCCAGUGCGGAGGAGAGGUAUAAGGGCGAAACCGAACGUGUUUUCGGUGUUCUGGACGCUGUGCUCAGCAAGCAGGAAUGGCUUGUUGCUGGCAAGAUGACCAUCUCGGACAUGUCAUUCAUCUCGUGGAAUCUCGUUGCCUUCCAGGUAAUCCUUGGUGACGACUAUCCGUUCGCAGAGAAGUUCCCUGCUGUGUACAAGUGGCACAACGCUAUGGCAGAACGCCCAGCUAUCAAGGCGUGCAUAGAGCAGCGGGCGUCCAUGAUGAGUCACUAGAAGGAAGAGGGCCCAUGUAUCUCGGAGAUCAAUACCAGUUCGACAUGUGAUUUGCGGGUGUUGUACUCGACAGCUCCCACUCACCAAAGCUGGGAACUUAACUUACGCCACGCAAGUCCUUGUGGCACUUUGAUGACGUGCCUCCGGUACCUGCCAGAGGACUCCAGAGUUCCUGCAUUGAACCCUGUGCUUCGUGUGAUCAGAACAUUGGAUGGUUCCUGCCGGAAGGGUUUCAUGUGAGCAAUCUCAUUUCGGCAUAACCCAAUUGAUGCUCGGCUUUCACCGGCCCAGGUUUUUUCUUGGAUGAAUAUUCCAAAAUUCGUCCAUGCUUUGCACCGAAUCCCCAACAUCAUCAAAAUCCGUCAGCAGUGCUCUAAAUACGACUGCUUAGCACCAGCAUAACACGUACUCUCUGAUGACUCGGACUGCGAUGAUCCCCUUGGCAAUCAGGUGUUGGACCAUUGUCUUGAUGUUCAUCGCCCGACCUGCCCGCGGCAUUGUUCGGGUUUUGAACCGGCUGUCCCGUCGGACGUUCUGCCAAUGGCCCUGUCUGAUUUCUACUGAUUACGAAGCUGUCUUUUCUGGCAAAGUUGGGCUGCGUCUGACACCACCACUGGCUUCGCUGGAAGCGGAAGGUCAGUUUGUUCUCAAGAGAUGCGCCCAGGUUAGCAACGUAACUGGCAUGUAUAAAGGGGAACGCUAGCGAACGCUCAUUAGCCUGCCAGUACUCACGGAUAUCUCUUCGCUCUCCACAACCUCAGAUCGUCUCUCUCUACAUCAUGUCCCACGGCAAGCAGUUCACCCUCUACACCCACGUUCGCGGUCCCAAUGGCUGGAAGGUCGCCUAUCUCCUGGCUGAUCUCGGGCUCACGUACGAAUCUGUCUUCUUUGACUUCGCCAAGAAGGACCAGAAGAGCCCCGAGUUCCUCAAGUUGAACCCGAACGGUCGCAUUCCUGCAAUCAUCGACCACGCAAACAACGACUUCGUGCUCUGGGAGUCGAAUGCCAUUCUCCUCUACAUCGUCGAGAAGUACGACAAGGAGCACAAGUUCUCGGCCGUGACCGACGCCGAUAAGGCGUACCAGGACCAGUGGCUCUUCUACCAGGCUUCGGGACAGGGUCCAUACUUUGGCCAGUCCUUCUGGUUCCAAUUCUAUCACCAGGAGAAAGUGCCCAGUGCCAUAGAGGUAUAAGGGAGAGACGGAGCGUAUUCUCGGUGUUCUGGAAGUUGUGCUCAGCAAGCAGGAAUGGCUUGUUGCUGGCAAGAUGACCAUCUCCGAUAUCUCAUUCAUCCCAUGGAACCACGGCGCCUUUACGGCAAUCCUUGUUGACGACUAUCCGAUCGCGGAGAAGUUCCCCGCUGUGUACAAGUGGCACAACGCCAUGGUGGAACGCCCCGCUAUCAAGGCAUUGCUAGAGCAGCGGGCGUCCAUGAUGAGUCAGUAGAAGGAAGUGGGCACAGGUGUACCAGCGAGGCAAAUAAAAGA